AUGUCAGAUAAAGCAAGUUCCUGUGAUUCAUCUGAUUUCUCUGACGGUUAUCCAACAACAACAACAAUUAGUACAGUUGCAUUACAAGCUGGUAAUGCACGUAUUGUACUUGCUGUAUUACGUUGUGGAAGUUGGAUACGUGUUCGAAUUCAACGUAUGGAGCCAGAUCUUUAUGAUAUUGGUGCAAGUGCUGAUGAAGCCCGUUCAUUACACGAAAUACAUCAACAUUUAUGUACCAAAUUAGCGUCGAAACAAGAACAAAUAUCAGAACUUUUAUCAAAAGCUGAUGAUUUAGUUACACAACAAACUUCAGAUAACCAAAGUCAAGUGUAUGCAGCAAUGGCUGAAUCAUUAAACCGUGCUUGGCGUGAUUUACUCGGUAUAUUAACUCAACGUGGAAGAUUAUUAGAUUUAGCUAUGGAAUGCUUUAAUUCAGCUGACAAUGUAAUUCAACAAGCUGAAAGAGUUGAACAUUUAUGCAUUACUGGUGGUUGGGGUCAUGAUAUCAGUUCAGUUCGUCGUUUAAUUGAAGAACAUGAAAAUCUAAAACGUACUGGUUUACUAGAACCAUCUCAUAAUCUCCUGAAUUCAGCUAAUAAUUUAUUAGAACUACUUGGUCGUAUGUCAAGCCAAACUGGCAGUUCAACUUCUACAUCAAACACUGGUCCUAGACAUGCAAGUGUUGUAGCACGUGAACACGUAGCUGCAAUUACUUCAAAAGCUGGAAUGGCUAGAAGACAUGCAGAAGAUAUUUGGAAUCGUCGUGAUCAUCUACUUCAAUUAAGAUUAACUGUUGUUUCUAUGGAAGCAGAAUUAGAACGUAUUGUUGAUUGGUUUGUAAAGACUGGUGAACCACGUUUUUCAGACUUACAAGUUGGAACAAGUUUAUCUGAAUGUCAAACUAAUUUAGACAGACUGAUGACAUUAGCAGACGAAGUACGUGAUUUACAAAGUGCUCAUUCACAUUUAACUCAAGAUCUUCAUCAAGCAACAACUACCGAUUCUUGGCGUAGAAAACGUGAAAAAAGUGUAUCUGAAAUAUUACGUGCACAAGAACAAGAACUAGGAAUCCAUUCUACAUCAUUAAGUAUGGAUGUAGAUAAUGAAAAUGAAUUGAAAAGUAUUCAUGAUUCCGAUACAUGGCGUGUUACACAUGGUGCAUAUUCUGAAUUAAUUACACGAUUAAGAACUACUGAAUCGUAUAUUUGGGAAUUUUUAGAUCGAAUUGAAAAUCGUAGACGUCAAUUGCAUACUAGUGUGAUUUAUUAUAGUGAAAUCAAUGUGUUACUUAGCCAAAUCUAUCAGCUUGAAUCCGAUAUGAAAAGGACACGAGAUCUUCAGCAAACUGGAUUAGAGGAAAUUUAUUAUAAUAAAUUAACUGAUCUAGAAGUACGAGUACCUGGAUUAAAACAAACAAUGAAUGAGUUAAGAACAAGUUAUAAUGAAAAAUUAGUCCAUCUAAUUUAA